CAAACUGCGACCGGAAGCACACUGACGACGUCAUCUUUGUGAGACAUUUGUUUACAUCAUGGCGACGGUGGAUUUCAGAGACAACCUCCUCGGGAUAUCCUGGGUGGACAGCGGCUGGGUACCGAUCCUCAACCCCGGGAAUGUUCUGGACUACUUCUCUGAGAGAAGUAACCCCUUCUAUGACCGAACCUGUAACAAUGAGGUAGUGAAGAUGCAGCGGCUCACUCUGGAACAUCUGAAUCAGAUGGUUGGAGUGGAGUACAUUCUUCUUCAUGCUCAGGAGCCAAUCCUUUAUAUAAUCCGGAAACAACAGAGGCAGUCGCCUACACAAGUGAUUCCUAUGGCUGACUACUACAUCAUAGCAGGAGUGGUGUAUCAGGCCCCAGAUCUGGGAACAGUAAUCAGCUCCAGAGCGCUUUCUGCCGUCCAUGGAAUCCAGUCUGCUUUCGAUGAGGCCAUGUCGUAUUGUCGCUAUCACCCAUCCAAAGGAUACUGGUGGCACUUCAAGGACCAGGAGGAGAGAGAAAAAAACAAACCUAAGACUAAGAAGAAAGAAGAACCGAGUUCAUUGUUCCAGAGGCACCGUGUUGACACGCUCCUUUUAGACCUCAGGUCAAAGUUUCCACCAACGUUCUACCAGCCCAAGCCUGGUGAGAAGCCAAUUCCAGUUGAGGUGAAGAAAGAGCCCGAACCCCCCACAGAAGCUGUUAAACAAGAGGAAAGGGAGCCAGCCACAAAGUCCUCCGCCCCAGCUCCGCCGAGCAAACCGCCUCCUGAGAAGAGAGCAAGACUGCAAUGAGAUGAAGAGUUAUUAGUCCGACACUCUCGGGAGAUGGAGCAAGGAAACUUAAAGUCCUACAGCACUAGACAAGAUGGUCUGCCCCUCUGCUCAUUGGAUCAGUUUACAGGAGGUUAAGAAUGAACUGGCACAAAAAGAAAAUGCCAGUUGCUUGUCUCAGUGCCAGAACUACUUUUACAUUGUAACCUAAGUCUUGUGCACGUGGUGAGUUUGGCAUCAUGGACAUUUCAGGCAGCUGUACUACAAACAGGGGUUAACUGCUUGAUGUCAACAGGCAUUUAGCAGAAUUCAGGAUGAGGUUUAUUUGACGAUAAGCUGACAUCAGCAUCAGCGUCGGUUUACUGUCGACAUCAGCGAAAUAUUUGUGUCGUAAUCAUUUCAGUGCUUUACUGGGUGAUGUGUCACAAUGCAUCAUCUCAUCUGUAGAGCAAAAAGCUUCUUGACAGCAGCACCUCUCUCUUUAAUUACCAAUACUUUCAUCUGUUUUUUGUAAGGAAUAUUUCUUUUGUGUGUUUUUGUAUUAAAAUGUAUCAGCUUCUG